AUGAAGAGAAAUGCAACGAGAGUUGCCCAGAGUACAAUAUCUAUGUGUUUGACUGAACGGCAAUUAAAAAACAGGAAGUCCCAAGCAAUCAACACUACUCGUGAAAUGCCUCAGCAGCUUGCAGUUAGUCUUGCUAUCCAUCAGGCAAUCAGAAGCAAGGAAAUUGUCAACCUCCUGCAUGGCUUCGGAAUGGCCGUCGAAUACAAUCGUCUAUUACGAGUAGAGUCUCAAAUCGAGAAAACUGUCCUUCGACGGAUGGAAAAGGAAGGCGGAAUGUACCUCCCACCUGAUAUUGUGAAAGGAAGGCAUGUCUUCUUCGCAAUUGAUAAUGUCGAUUUUGCUGAGGACACUCCCGACGGGAAACGUACUCUGCACGGAACAGCUAUGGCAAUAUACCAAACUACUGACCUAGAUGACGAGCAGCCAGUAUUAAGGUAAAUUAAGUACUAUUUUUGCGUAAUAGUGGCGAAUUCAAGUAAAGAUACAUUUGCUACAACAUGAAAAUAUCUCCUUCAUUUUCUCUUUUAGGUUAGAAGAAUCAACCAAUUGCUCCCGCACAGUAAGAGAAUUGCCCGAUUCUUUUACAGCACUUCAGGAAUGUCCAGCGCCUUCUCCGAAACCAAUUGUCCCUUUGCAUCUUGGAUUUGGUCUUAUGGAAGAGCACGAGAUACCUAUAAUCGUCAGUACCUUUAAUGCAGGCCGAAUCGAAAAUGACGAAGACCAAGCUCGUGUUCCUGUGUGGUCUGGUUAUAAUUCAUUAGUAAACAAAGCACCGCCUGUUACACGCGUUGGUGCACCCCCUUUGGUGGCACAUCCUCCGCAUGAAUGGAACACUUUAUUGACGGUUCUUAUGCAGGCUCAAAAUAUCUCUACCAUAGUUGUUGGCUCUGAAAGGAAGACUGUUAUAUCUCUUGACAUGGGACUUUAUCUUCCCGCUAAAAAGCUCCAGAUGGCUCGAAAUGACUUAAACCACCUCAUUCUCUGUCCCGGUGAGUUGCACAUUGUCAUGGCCAUGCUAAGGACAAUCGGUGCGUACAUUGACAGUAGUGGGAUCGAUAUGUGUUGGAUCGAAUCAGAACUGUACGGCCCCUCCACUGUUAAGCAGAUUCUCGAUGGAAUCAUGUUAAAAGAGGUGAAAAAGCACACAUGA